ACACGUGUAGUGUGAGUGUGUGUAUACGUUUAGGAAGACCAAAGCUACGUCUUCUGAUAGGCAGCACUUGAAGCCAAUCAGGUGAUAGAAUGAGGGCAGGGCGACUGAGAAGCAGCCAAUCGGUACCUUCGCCGAAAACUCCGCACGGUCACGAGUUAUCUGGGUGAUAGUAACCGGCUUGGUACUUGUCGGGUUAUUGACGGACCUGGUUUGUUGCGUUACGUUGUGCGGCAGCAGACGGGAUUGGCUCUGGGCUCCCGGGUGGACUAUAGAGCGAAAGGACCAGGCUGUCAGUGACACCCGUCGCAUUUCCGGGACUCCUGGCUUGUUAUGACAUGGCAGCUGCUGUGUAAUUGUUUCUGUUCCCCGGACUCCCCGCUAUGGAAGGCCGUGACACUGAACGGGCCCCGCUACUAGGAGGCCGGACUGAGGCCCCGGUCUCGGCGUUCGCCGGCCGCCGCCUGGCAUGCUUCGCCGUGCUUCUGUCUGAGCUGCUGGAGAGAGUGGCCUUCUAUGGCAUUACUUCUAAUCUAGUGCUUUUCCUUAAUGGACCUAUCUAUAACUGGGAGGGUGCCCAGGCCAGCCAGGCCUUGCUGAUCUUCAUGGGCAUAACUUACCUGGUUUCGCCCUUCGGAGGAUGGCUGGCGGAUGCUUGGCUUGGUCGCUUCUGUACCAUCUUAAUCAGCAUGUUGCUGUACCUGCUGGGCAUGGUGACCUUCCCCAUGAUCACCUACUCGGGUACCAUGACUGGCUUCUGCGGGGAUAUCCAUCUGGGUGUCAUAGACAACUGCGCCACCCCUGCCAAUGCCACUGCCAAGCCCUGCAAGGAGAUGAGCAGGAUGUACUGUGCCCCAGCAGUCUUUAUAGGACUAGUCAUCGUGGGCUUGGGAGUGGGAUCGGUGAAGGCCAACAUCACCCCAUUCGGAGCAGACCAGGUUAAAGAUUGUGGACCAGAGGCAACACGUCGGUUCUUCAACUGGUUCUACUGGAGCAUUAAUUUGGGCGCAAUCAUCUCUCUCAGUGGAAUUGCAUAUGUUCAGCAAAAUGUGGGGUUUCUCACAGGCUACAUCAUCCCCGCAGCCUGUAUUGGUGUUUCGUUUUUGGUGUUUUUGUGUGGACAAACAUUUUUUAUUACAAAGCCUGCAGACGGUAGCGCAUUCACUGAUAUGUUUAGAAUUUUGGCCUAUUCCUGCUGCUCGCGGAAGCAUUCAAGAGAGACUCCAAGAAACGUCCAGAGCAAUUCUUCACAUCAACAAAGGAAUAAUAAAGGCGUUUUAGACUCGACCAAAUCCUCAAAUGGAGGCCCCUUCAGAGAUGAUAAAGUAGAAGACGUGAAAGCCCUGGUGAAGAUUAUUCCAGUAUUCUUGGCUCUUAUUCCUUACUGGACUGUGUAUUUUCAGAUGCAAACUACCUAUGUUCUUCAGAGUCUUCAUUUGAGAAUACCACAAAUAUUCAACAAUAAAGACCAUACGUUUCCAGCGGCAUGGCUAACAAUGUUUGACGCUGUGCUCAUUCUGAUUCUGAUACCACUAAAAGAUAAGUUUGUGGAUCCAAUGCUCAAAAGAAGAGGCCUGUUACCAUCAUCCCUCAAGCGAAUUGCAGUUGGAAUGUUUUUUGUAACUUGUUCUGUACUAGCUGCUGGCAUCCUGGAAAGUAAAAGAUUAUCAAUCGUGACACAUGACCGAAUAGCCCAGAAGAUUGGAAAUGUGACUUACUAUGCUGCCGAUCUAGCUAUAUGGUGGCAACUUCCCCAAUACUUACUUAUUGGGUUUAGUGAGAUUUUUGCAAGUAUAGCAGGAUUGGAAUUUGCCUAUUCUGCAGCACCUAAAUCCAUGCAGAGCGCCAUCAUGGGGCUGUUCUUUUUCUUUUCUGGUAUUGGGUCCUUUGUUGGCUCCGGACUUCUUGCCUUAGUAUCCUUACCAGGUAUUGGGUGGAUGAGUAGCCAUACAGAUCUAGGUAACAUUAACGACUGCCACUUGAACUUUUAUUUCUUCUUGCUAGCAGCUAUACAAGCAGUGACACUCCUCAUUUUCCUUAUAAUUUCUGUGAAAUACGAACGACAGCAGUCCAGAACGAAUGGAAAAAUCUAGCAAUACCUGUAUUUUUUUUUUUUUUCUUCUUCUACAAAACUGGAGCGCAGUAUCGGAUGACCUGGCUGAUAAAGUGCCUGUAAUAUUCUAAAUUGGACCAGUCUGUUGUAAAUUUUCAGUUUUAAUGACAUAAGAAGUGUAAACGGAAUUUGCUUUUCUCAUUGCACUAUUAAGGCUGUCCAGCAGUAUAACCAUCACACUCCAGUCCUAUAGAUGCCAGGCUAUUAGACAUUUGAGUGUACCAGAUAUUUGGCCAGAUUCAGUAACAAACCUAGUGUUGGCCUAAAGGUUCCUCUAAACCAGGUAAUGCUUAUUCUUGCCAAAAUAGCACUGACCAGAUUUUCAUGGGCUGUUGUAGAUUUUAAAAUAAACUUUGGUGUGCUGGG